AAAAAACAAAAAGCCAAAAAAUAAACCAAAACAGAAAAAACGAAGAAAAAGAAAAGAACCGUUUCUUCUUCAUCUUCUUCGUCUCGUCUUCUUCUUAUUCUUUUCCGUGACGAAGGUCAAAAAGAGGAAAACAAUUCCCAAUCCAAAUUCCACCGCUAACCCGAGAACAAACAUGGUGAAGCUUCACUGUUUCACGAAUUGAAAGAUCUCCUCUUCACUAUUACACCUUCCUCGUCGUAAUCGCCGACGGCUUAUGCUGGUUUUCCGAUCGUUAUCUCCUCUCCGGUGUCUACGGUGACCGGGAAUCUCUUCUAAACCGAUUUUAUAAUUACUAUGAAGAGCAACGCCAAGGUCAAUAUCAUCAACGGAAAUCAUAACCAGACGAAAAACGGUACUAAUGGCUUUUUGCCUAAUUCGCUAAAAUUCAUCUCUACCUGUAUCAGAACCGCUUCCUCCGGCGUCCGCUCAGCUAGCGCCUCCGUCGCUGCUUCUCUCUCCGCGGAUUCGCAAGAGCUUAAGGAUCAGGUGUUGUGGUCUUCCUUUGAUAGACUUCACACAAGUGAAUCAUCUUUCAAGAACGUUCUCUUACUAGGUUAUACAAACGGGUUUCAAGUCCUUGAUAUAGACGAUGCAAGCGAUGUCAGCGAGCUCGUCUCCAGGCGAGAUGAUCCGGUUACGUUUCUACAGAUGCAGCCAUUACCUGCUAAAUGCGAAGGAAUCGAAGGAUUCAGAUCAUCGCAUCCAAUACUUUUAGCAGUUGCUGAUGAAGCCAAGGCUUCUUCAGGUCCUAUAGUCACUGGCAGAGAUGGAUCAGUUAAAAAUGGUUACGAUGAUCUCCUCUCUCUCUCUCCCACAGUCGUGCGAUUCUAUUCACUUCGGUCUCAUAACUAUGUUCAUGUUUUGAGAUUUCGAUCUACUGUCUAUAUGGUUAGAUGCAGUCCUCGGACUGUAGCUGUUGGCCUCUGUUCUCAGAUAUACUGUUUCGAUGCCCUAACUCUCGAAAACAAAUUCAGCGUACUCUCUUAUCCGGUUCCUCAGCUUGGAAACCAAGGGAUAUCCGGUGUCAAUGUCGGGUACGGUCCAAUGGCUGUAGGGCCGAGAUGGUUAGCUUAUGCUUCAAAUAGUCCUUUGUCAUCCAGUAUUGGUCGUCUUAGCCCUCAGAAUGUUACUCCUCCUGGUGUUAGUCCGUCUACUUCGCCGAGCGGUGGUAAUCUAGUGGCGAGAUACGCCAUGGAGUCGAGUAAGCAUUUGGCUGCGGGUUUACUCAAUUUGGGAGAUAUGGGUUACAAAACUUUGUUUAAAUACUGCCAAGAUCUCAAACACGAUGGUCCUGGUUCGUCUCUUUCGUCUAGUCCCGGCUGGAAAGUUGGUCGUGGCGCAUCUUCAACAGAGUCUGACCUUGCUGGCACGGUUAUUAUCAAGGAUUUUGAAUCCCGAGCUAUUAUAUCACAAUUCAGAGCUCAUACUAGUCCAAUCUCUGCUCUGUGUUUCGACCCAAGCGGCACUCUAUUAGUAACAGCCUCGAUCCACGGUAACAAUAUUAACGUUUUCCGGAUUAUGCCAUCCCCUACAAAGAAUGGUCAAAGUGCUCAAAGCUAUGAUUGGAGCUCCACUCGUGUACCUCUUUACAAACUACACCGUGGCAUGACAUCAGCUGUCAUACAAGAUAUUUGCUUUAGUAGCUAUAGCCAAUGGAUUGCGAUUGUUUCGUCUAAGGGAACUUGCCAUAUAUAUGUUUUAUCACCGUUCGGUGGAGGAAACGUUCUUGAGAUAAGGAACUCUCAUGUCGAUAGACCAACGCUUGCUCCAACAUUGUCUCUCCCGUGGUGGUCGAGUCCUUCGUUUAUGACAACUCAUUUCUCGUUUCCUCCACCAGCUUCAGUGACUCUCUCUGUUGUUAGCCGAAUAAAAUGCAACAAUUUCUUUCACGCAGCAAGCACCGUUGUGGGGAAAUCGUCCUUCCCUUCUGGCUGUCUCGCCGCUGUUUUCCAUCGAUCCGUGCCACGUGAAUCUCCAGCUCUGGACUAUUUGCUGGUUUACACUCCAUCAGGUCAUGUGGUUCAAUACAAACUCAUUCCAUCUCUUGGAGGAGACCAGAGUGAGAGCAACUCGCGAAUCGGAGGAGCUUCUGAAGAGGAACUGAGAGUGAAAGUCGAGCCGGUUCAGUGUUGGGAUGUAUGCAGAAGAACAAACUGGCCAGAGAGAGAAGAAAACGUAUGCGGGCUAACUUUCGGUGGACGGAAAAUCGCAGAUGAUGGUUCUGAUAGUGAAGAUCUAGCGAAGCCUCUUGAGAAACACCAUGUCUAUCUUGCAAAUGCAGAGGUGCUGAUAAACUCUGGAAGAAAACCAAUCUGGCAAAACUCAGAGAUAUCUUUCUAUCCGAUGUUUCCGCCGGAGACUGAGGGCAAGAACCUGAAUUUGUACCGUGGUGGCGGGGAGAUAGAAAUCGAGAAAGUAUCUGCAAAUGAAGUUGAUAUAAGGCGGAAGGAUCUGCUUCCGGUUUUCGAUAAUUUUCACAGUGUGUAUUCCAGUAUGCGCAGCCGAGGAUUUCCUGUGGAACGAGAUUCAGAUUUUUCUUCUUCUUCUUCGGAUGCAGGACAAGUUAAAGGUAUAGUUUACCCCGAGGAUGAGGAACGAAGAGGAAGUAGUUCCCAUUUCGCACUAACUCCGAAUCCAGACGGAAUUGUAACAUUCAGACAGCCUGUGGUUUCGAUUUCUUCCGCUGUGAAAGACACCGACGACGCUCAUCUGUCAACGAAGAACGCCUCCCUGCCCGCUGAAACAACGAUUGAAAACAGCAGCGGGAGAAGCGGAGAUUCAAAUGUAAGUUCUAACCGUUCUGAUAUGAGCAUGAAUGCAGCGGACGAAGGUGCGGAGGGACACAUUGAUGGCUCCUCAAGUUUUGAGCAGUUUUUCAUUGAAACUGCUAAAGAAGCAGAGACUAAGGAUGCUCCAUCUGAUCAAGGAAAAUUAGAUGAUGAUGAUGAUGAUGAUGAUGAUGAUGAUGAUGAUGAUGAUGAUGAUGGUGACGAUGACAUGCUUGGUGGUGUUUUCGCUUUCUCCGAAGAAGGUUGAGUUUAGUUUAUAUUAUGGCCCAGCUCUAAUGGAGAGGGUCACUUACUAAUCCCGUUUGCUGCAACUUACACUGAUGGAUCUUAAUAUCCUGAAAAACUCUCAAAAUCGAUUCCCUUUAUAUCAUAUGUUUCUGUAAAUACUUGUAAAUGGAUUAUUCGUAAUCAACAGUCUCUCGAUUUGCAUGGACUGUUUUCUUUGUUUCUUUUGUGAUUUUCUUCACGUGUAACUCUAUUCAUUUAUCGGAAAAAAAGAAAGAAAAAAAAUCAAGAAAAAAAUAAAGAUUUAUUUUUCUAUA